AUCAAAACGCUCAAAAUAGGAGGAUAGGAACGCUGGGAAUAUUUUUAAACAAUAUUUUAACAAUUCGUUUUUCUAAUAAAGUCAAGGUUUUUGUUGUCACGUCACCCAUUGCAUCAUUAUGCCUUCAACUCUAAACUAAAUUAUUUAUUAUUGUGACUUAAUAAUUUUAUUAUACCACCUUCAUCUAUAUUGGAUCUACUCCUGUUGGUUUAAUAAAUAGUGAUUCAUUGCUUCAUUGACGCAAGAAUUCAAAAUAGAUAAGAAACAAAAUGGGAAGCUAUCUGUCGAUUAAUUUGGAACAACAAUAUAAGAAAAAUGAAAAAUUUAUACAAACAUUAAAUGAAACUAUGAUGGAAAGACAGAUACAGAUGCAGAAUCAAAUGGCUAUGAGACAGAGGGCAAUGGCUAUAGCUAUGAACAGAGAUUUCUUUCUCUUCUUUGGUACAUUCUCAGCAGUAGCUGCCACUGCCUUGAUAGCAGGGUUUAGGAAAUCUAGGAAACCAGCAUUUCUGGGCCCCCUUUUACCAUUGACUUUUGCAAAUUUGUACUACUAUGACAUGGCCUAUGGAAGUAAAUUGCAUAGAGUGAGAUUGGAAGCUGAGUAUAUCAUGAACUAUCAUCCAGACUUAUUGACUGUGCCAUGUGGUCUUCCGUCCCCCUCGUCUAUUGAUCAGGGUAGACUUAAGGAUGAAGAGGAGAAACUGAUCCAUCCUCCGGCUCCACAAGAGUAAUGAAAGGCUGUUUGUCUUAAUCUGUGAUCAAGCAAAAAGCAUGCAUACCUUUUUGAUAAAAGUGUGCAUAGAGAUUUAGGGAUUUAUUAAGGAGAAGAUAAAUAUAUUUAUAGAGAAACUAACUCAUAUUGAAUAAGGGAAGAAUUAUGAUCAAAGUGUUGUAGAGUAAAGAUAGAUAUUAUUAUCAUUUUUAUUGUUUUGUACUAUAUUAACAAAUGUACUUAGGUAUACACUAUACAUUGCUACAUACAUGCUACUUAUA